AUGUCAAUCAGUUCUUCAAGCGGCCUCAUGUCGAGUUACAUGCCCCUCUCUGAUCGCAGUCCCUCUUCGGAGGAUGAGAAGGACUCUCGUGCUCAACUUCGACCGGAUGUUGAAGCGGGGAACAGCACAACCCGUGAUGACUUGGAGCGAAGACCCUCCCGCUUCAUCGACGGUCGCACUGUGUCCGAUGCCAUUAUCGGUCUUUCCGACGGCAUGACUGUGCCUUUCGCCUUGACUGCUGGUCUAUCUGCACUGGGGGAUACCAAAAUCGUUGUCUUCGGUGGACUCGCAGAACUCAUCGCAGGAGCUAUAUCGAUGGGACUCGGUGGAUACCUGGGUGCUAAGAGUGAGGAAGAGUCAUACAAAGCGACACUGAAGGAAACUCAGGCGCAGACUAUGACAGAUCCCGCAUCUGUUUCUGACACCAUCUCCGAUAUUUUUGAGCCCUAUGGAUUGCCUUUUGAAUUGGUCUCACAACUCAAAAAUCAUCUAUCCGACUCUCCUAUGCUUCCAUCCUUCCUCAUGAACUUCCACCACACUCUGCCCGAACCCUCAGGCUCACGAGCCAUCGUUUGUGCCUUGACAAUUGCUAUGGGUUACUUUAUCGGAGGAUUUAUUCCUCUCAUACCAUACUUUUUCGUCGGGCCCAAUGAAGCCUUCAUCGCCCUAAGGUGGUCCAUUGCUACCAUGGUCAUUGCACUAUUUAUCUUCGGAUAUGUGAAGACAUGCUUUGUCUGUGGCUGGCGUGGUCGUCGAAAUAUCCGCAAGGGUCUCAUUGGCGGAGUACAAAUGGUACUGGUCGGUGGCAUCGCCGCUGGUUCUGCAAUGGGGCUGGUGAAGGGCUUCCAGAUGCUGGCCGAUGGUCCUGAAGACCACCACCAAAAGCACGAUUGA